CCCCAAUCCAUCAAUUGGACAUUUAUUCUCCUCAUUUACUCCAGUUCCCGGCUACUAUUACAUUUUCCAGUACAGAGCACACUUCCACAUAUCAUGCCCCCCAAGAAAACUGCUGAGAAGAAAAAGAUUGUUGAAGAUAAGACCUUUGGUCUUAAAAAUAAGAACAAAUCUGCUAAAGUCAGUCGAUAUGUAGAAACCGUCAAGAAUCAGGCUGCACAGGCUGGUCAGUCGAGAAAGGAUAUGCUGGAAAAGGAGCGUGAGAAGCAAGCUAUUGCUGAACGCAAGCGUGCCGCACAAGCCAAGAAAGAUGAGCUUAAUGAGCUUUUCAAACCCGCUCAAGUGCAGCAAAAAGUUCCUUUCGGAGUUAACCCCAAAACUGUUCUCUGCGCUUUCUUCAAAGCUGGCACAUGUACAAAGGGCGACAAAUGCAAAUUCUCUCACGAUCCAAAUGUUGAGCGAAAGACUACUAAGCGAGACUUGUACACUGAUAAUCGUGAUGAAGAAAAGAAGAAUGAUACAAUGGAUAAGUGGGAUCAACAAAAGUUAGAGUCUGUUGUUAAUUCGAAAUCAAAGGGCAAUCCUAAUGCGACGACUACCGACAUUGUGUGCAAAUAUUUCUUGGAAGCCAUUGAAAAUCAAAAGUACGGUUGGUUCUGGGACUGUCCUAACGGGGGGACACAAUGUAAAUAUCGCCAUGCUUUACCUCCUGGUUUCGUGUUAAAGACCAAAGCUGAACUCAGAGCUGAGGCGAACAAAGAGGUUAUUUCAAUUGAAGACUUUUUGGAGACGGAACGCCAUAAACUGGGGAAGAACCUCACUCCUGUGACAGCAGAGUCCUUUGCAGCUUGGAAGAGAACUCGUGCUGAACGUGCUGAACAGGAAGAACAAGCUAAACGCAAAGCCAAAGAGGCUGCUUUCAAAGCUGGAAAGAUGUUACAGUUCUCCGGAAGAGAAUUAUUUGACUUCAAUCCCGAAAUUGCUGGAGCCGACGACGAGGACGACGACAAUGUCUUCGACUUUUCAUCAUAUGCAAGGGACAUGGACGAUACUGAAACACACGACGAACUUACGGCACGGAUUACGAAAGAUAUGGCUAAUGUUAACGUUGAUGACGAGCUAUUCGCAGGCGAAGAGGAUGUGGAAGUCAGUGAUGACGAGUAAUGUGUUUAGUGAAAAGAGAGUCUCCUUGAUGUCUUUUUUGUUGUUGUUGUUGUAGAGGUAGUGGUUGUUGUAGAGAUUCGUCAGACUUAAUUGAAGUAUUGCAAAAAAAGGAAAUGGAGAGACAUUUUGGCUGCAUAAGAUUUUGUAGCAUUUCACAAUACAUAUCUGUGAUCUGUCUGCAUAGAAACUUGCUCUCUUUUUGAGUAUAACGAUAAAUUUGAUUGAAGGUCGGAAUAGCAUAGGGUCAUAUCUGUCAUUGGUCAAACCUUAUUCGACGUCUGCAGUUAGCCUUGUCGGGCAAGCGGAAUGAUCAAGUUUGGCUGAAACUGACUACCUUGAACACUCAAGUAAGGAGUUGUUUCUACAGAAUACGGCUGCUGGAAGUCUUCAGGAUUAAUAUAUUGCAUGCUUGAUG